AUGGAGGACGACUCCUUCACUAACCUCCCUACUAGCCACUUGCUUGGUUCGGUGCCCGCUGUGGUUACUGAAGAAAAAAGCCCCAAAAACUAUGAAGUCCCUGAAGCAAGCAUGCAGACGUUCCCUCCAUCUAGUAAUGGACGGGGAGGUGGAGUAGGCAGCAGCAGCAGCAACAACAACAACAACAACAACAACAAGGGUUAUCACACGAUGGGAGCUCCAACUGAUGGAGUUGAACAGCAAGGACCACCAAACACUUGGAAGGGGGUAUUUAGUGUCUCAUCAUAUGUACAAUACUUCAAUGUCGAUACCGACAUUGUUGUGAACAGAUUGAUGAGCUCAUUCUAUCCUAUAGGUGGGGAUUUUUUCAGCAAGAUUGACGCCAAUCCAGACUUAUAUGGACUGGUGUGGAUAUCAACAACAUUGGUGUUCCUGCUGUCCGCUCUAGGGAACUGUGCUACCUAUCUCAUGCUGAAACAUACUGACAGCAGUGCCUCCUGGAACUUUGAUGUUGGCUAUGUUAAUGCCGCGGCUGUCUCGAUCUAUGGCUAUGCGAUCGUUGUGCCACUGGGGUUUUACUUCUUGCUUCAGUAUCUUGGAUCAACUGCAAGCCUGAUUCGGUUCUGGUGCAUGUGGGGAUACUCUCUCUUCAUUUUUGUCCCAUGUUCUGUGCUGCUGGUUAUCCCAGUGGAGUUCCUGAGGUGGUUGAUCAUACUGGGCGCUGGAGCUGAUUCAGCAUGCUUUGUCACUGCAAACCUCAAGACAUAUGUUGGAGGAGGUGAUCUCACUAUUGUGCUGGCUGCUUCAUUUCUAUUGCAACUCGCACUGGCAAUCUUCAUCAAGGCCUGGUUCUUUCCCUGA